GUAACGGCAUCGGAAACACUUCUCGCUUGUAAAAAGGCGGAUCCCUGUCUGCUACUUUGCCUUUCAGAACUUCUUUAGAACCUAUUUUUUCCUCGGCGGCUCCCAGUUACACGCCAAAUCCAACUCAUAUUGCUUUCUGAAGUAUUAAAACGGCAUUGUAUUCAGUCGAGUUCUACGACCGUCCUCGCCCCGACGGCAGAAAGAGUUUUCCAGCUCCAGCUAGCUAACUUUUAACGCACUAGCAUUCAACUUGACAAUUGCUCUGCAGCACAACAGGGAAGAAGCAGCACCGGAGCAUACACAGGAAGAUGGGAGAUAAAGAACUGAUGUGGGCAUUGAAAACCGGAGACCUGGACGAGGUCAAAGCCAAACUGGUAACGGCUGAGGAUGCAAACCGGACCCUGGAUAGCGGGAGAAAGCCUUUGCACUACGCUGCGGACUUUGGUCAGACAGAUGUGGUGGAGUUCCUCAUUUCUAAGGGAGCAGAUGUCAAUGCUCCUGAUAAACACGGGCUCACUCCACUGAUGUCUGCCUGUUACGAGGGUCAUCUCUCCUGUGUCAAGGUCCUGCUAGAAGGGGGUGCUGACAAAGACGGGAAAGGACCGAACGGCAUCAGUGCCUUUGAAGCUGCCGAGAGCGACGCCAUAAAGGCUCUGCUCAAGUGAGGAGCCCGCGGUGUAGGAGGUGGCUGGACAGACCAAACCAUCCCUCCAGUCCAAUACUGAAAUUUGGGAAAUGUUGGGUGAGAGAGGUCCAGAGGCCAGUCCAGAUUUUCCUUUUCUACUUGGCCCUGUAUCACUUACAUAUCAAAUGGUGUUAUUGACAAAAUUUCAUGUUGGUAAUGCAUAAAAGAUAUUGUGUAUUCUUUGACCAAUCACCAUGCUGGCUAACUAGAAAGACUUGAAUGUUGCAAUAUUAAGCAUCUGUUACUGAAUCCUUUUUUUGAAGCGAUGUUAACAUCACAUAGUAGGAUGAGGAGUUUUAGAAAUUGGUUCAUUUUGUCAGCCCUAGAGUGAGAUUUCAGAGCAAGAAUUCCUUUUUUCGUUGCAGCUUCUCCGUGUAUUUUGUAACUGAUAGGCUGUGGGGUAACUGAACGAGGGGUAAAUGGAGGGGUUAGAAUUAAAACUGGAUGGUGGGGGGCCGUUAAUAUUCCCCUUGCCUUGGAUUUGGUUAGAAGCCCUGCCUGUUGCGCUGCAUGUCAAAACUGCCUCUGCUUUUACGCUAUGAAAUGGUCACUGUCCUCUCUCGGUUGCUUUCAAAUGAAUUGCUACAAUGUAAUGGACAAAAUAAAAUAAAAAAAUGCUCUUGCUGACUUUGUUGUGACAAAAAGUCUGUAAAAAAAAUGAAAU